AAAAAAAUGAUCAACAGACAAUCACUCCAAACAAUCAGCAGAAAUUUAUCAACCCUCCACAAGGCAACCAAGAAUGUUGCUUCAGCUUCCUCCGUUGUAUUUGUAAAUAAGAGGCAACAAGUAGCCUUACCACUCAAUAGCAAUCAUAAAUUCUUCUCCACCUCCUUGAAGAGUAUGGAUCAAGGACAUUAUUCAAUUCCUGAUGGAAAUUCAAUCUUCUUUGCACCUUCACAGAAUGCAAUUGGUGUGAAUAGUGUUGAACAAUUGGGUGGAUUUGUUAAUAAUUUGGGAUGUAAGAAGAUUUUGGUUGUUACUGAUAAGCCAUUGGUUCAAAUUGGAAUUGUUGCUCAAGUGACUAAAGUUUUGGAAAAGGCAGGCAUUUCAUUCGUCAUCUUUGAUAAUGUCCAACCAAAUCCAACUGUUUCAAAUGUCAAUGAAGGUUUGAAAAUUAUGCAAAAGGAAUCAUGUGAUGGAAUUGUCAGUAUUGGUGGUGGAAGUGUUCACGAUUGUGCUAAAGGUAUUGGUCUUGUUAAGGGAAAUGGUGGAAAGAUUGAAGACUAUGAAGGAUUAGAUAAGAGUAAGAAGCCAAUUUGUCCAUAUGUUGCAGUUAACACAACUGCUGGAACUGCUGCUGAGCUUACUAGAUUCUCAAUUAUUACAAAUGAAGUGACACGUGUCAAGAUGGCCAUUGUUGAUAAGAAUAUUACUCCAACAUUGAGUUUGAACGAUCCAGUCUUGAUGAUGAAACAACCACCAUUCUUGACAGCUUGUACUGGUCUCGAUGCAUUAACACAUGCCAUUGAAGCUUAUGUUUCAACAGCUGCUAAUCCAAUCACUGAUGCUUGUGCAUUGAUGGCUAUUGAACUCAUUGGUGAACACUUGUCAAAAGCAGUUGCCAAUGGAAGUGAUAUUUAUGCUCGUGAAAAGAUGUGUUAUGCUCAAUUCCUUGCUGGUCUCGCUUUCAACAAUGCCAGUUUAGGUUAUGUCCAUGCUAUUGCCCAUCAAUUGGGUGGUUACUAUAAUUUACCUCAUGGUUUCUGUAAUGCAAUCCUCCUCCCAAGUGUCAUGAAAUUUAACAUUCCAGCCCAUGCUAAGAAACUUGCUCGUGUUGCCAAGACUUUGGGUGUCAAGAAUGUUGAUAAUAUGAGUGAUUAUGAUGCUGCCUAUGAAGCUGUUAAGGCAGUUUGUAAAUUGAGAGAAUUAGUUGGAAUUCCAAGUGGAUUGAAUGGUGAAAAGAUUGUCAAGAGAGAAGAUUUUGAUGUCUUGGCUGAUCAUGCAUUGAAGGAUGUCUGCGGAUUUACCAAUCCUCGAGUAGCCACCAAGAAGGACAUUAUUGCCAUCUUGGAAGAAAGUUACAAGGGAUUGUAACUUGUGUAAAUUAUUGUAAUUAUAAAUUCUAAUAAAUUCGCUUUAAAUUAUU